CCACUGCUGUCAGAACCCUGCUACUAGAGCCUGGAUGUGGCUCUGAGUUUCAGGGUCACUGACAUUGAUAAGACACCUGCGUCCCAGGACUCGGAGGAGAAACGGCUGAUGGACUUGGCGGGGAAUUUGCGCGGGGUUUUACUGAGCGGGAAGAGACUGUUCAAAUGAGGGGGAGGGUAUAUAAAGGAGGGUUGGCCGGAGCCUCCCAUUCUUGGCUUUUCUGAUGUUCAUGUUUCCUACAGUAAAAGUUCCUGGUGAUACCACAGAGAGUCUCGUGUGUUCAUUCAGGAGCGGCUGUGGUGAGCUGACACUAAGCCAAGAAUACGGACACCAUCCCGCUGUAGCGGUGAGGUGUAACAUGCAAGUGGAGGAUGAAGAGCUCUUGGGCGCCGGAGGAGGAAGGUCGGAAAGGGCCACUCCCGAGACGGACGCUGAGUUCCACCAGCUGGCGGCCCUGGCGUCAUCCACCGCUUAUGCCCAGCCAAAUGGGGUAACCCAGAGGCGCGGAGUGGUGCGGGGAGAUAGCACCGGAGGAGAGGAAGGUUCACCUUCCCCAGGCCCGCAAAAGAUGGUGUUUCUGGAGGAGAGGAUGUCGGCGAUGGAGACCACCCUGGCAGUGAUGUCGAGGGCGAUGGAGCGCCUGGCGGUUUUGGCGGAGCCGGAGCGAGGAAGGGAACUCCGGGCUAGCUCAAUGUGGGACGUGAGCAUGGGAAGCAGCCAGGGCUUUGCAGACCUCCCAGCACCGAAGGGAAGGGAAAUGCGAAAGGAGCCCGGUGCCCGGCCCAAGAUCCAAACGAGCCUGACGCGGGUGGAGGAGAGUGACGACGAAGGGGAAAAGCCUCCGAGAAUCCCGGCUACGCUCCCAACUGAGACCCUGGUGCCCCUGGCGAAUGCCGGGCGUGGCACAGGACAAAGGGAAGCAGCAGCGGGGCCCACUGGCCCGCAAGGGGGCUUGCGACGGGCGGAGAAUUGGGGAUUGCCACCACAGGGACCCCUACCGAGACGAGAGGAACUAAGGAUCGAGUUUGGGGGAGAGUCCUCUGAACUGGAUUUUUUCCUGACCACGGUGAGGGGCUAUAUGGAGGACAAUGCCCACACUUUUAGAACGGAAUCCAGCCGGGUACGGGCCAUUGGUGCAGUGUUGAAGAGGGGAGCGGCCAGCUGGUACGUUCAACUACACGCGCGGCGCGACCCAUGUCUGGGGUCACUCCGACGCUUUAUGGGGGCCCUGGAGACCCGUUUCCGAGAUCCACUGGAGCAGAUCCGGGCGAGGGAGGAGUUGAAGACCGUCUCCCAGGGGCAGAGGUCGGUAUCUGAGUAUGCGGAGGAGUUCCAAUGCCUCGCUGAAAAGGUGCCGGAAUGGUCUGCAGUGACAAAGAUAGAACUCUUCAAAGAGGGGCUCAGGCGGGAGAUCCUCUCCUGGGCGGUGCAUCGUGAUGAGCCUGACACACUGCGCGGAUGGAUUCAGCUGGCGGGGCGCAUCGAGACAUCGCUGGCCCAGGCGAGGAGGCACCGAGGAGGGCUACAGCAGCGGCCGCAGAUGAAAGAGGGGAGCCGGAAGGAGGGAUCAACCCCAGCCGGGAGGAGAACGGAGCCGACAGGGAACGUGAGCACCAGCAGGAGGGGCUGCUUCGUGUGCGGCCGUUUGGGCCACAGGGCUGCCGAGUGCUGGCAGAGAAAAGGGGAAGGCGGAGGCCCGCCCAAACCAAGAGCCGUGGCAGGGAAACGCGCCGAGGAAGAACCACCGAUGAGGCACCACUCGGGGGGGUUGGACGAAGGGGAGGAGGACGCCAUGUCAGAACCCUGCUACUAGAGCCUGGAUGUGGCUCUGAGUUUCAGGGUCACUGACAUUGAUAAGACACCUGCGUCCCAGGACUCGGAGGAGAAACGGCUGAUGGACUUGGCGGGGAAUUUGCGCGGGGUUUUACUGAGCGGGAAGAGACUGUUCAAAUGAGGGGGAGGGUAUAUAAAGGAGGGUUGGCCGGAGCCUCCCAUUCUUGGCUUUUCUGAUGUUCAUGUUUCCUACAGUAAAAGUUCCUGGUGAUACCACA